AAAUCAUGUAUGACGACUUACAUAAACGUCGUUGUAAGCAAUCGAGGGGUGAUCCGGGAAAUCUUCCUAGGUGUAGAUGUAAAGCUAGCUCUCGUGAGGGCGUUGAAAAAUGCGGAGCUUACCGGAAGUACCAGUUCGCACCAGCUUGGCUUCGUACAUAUCUACUUUACCCAACGCGAACUUAGGGUUGCUGCACCUGCGCUUACUUGGUGGGUGGGUAGCAUCUGAACCGAACCGAAGGAUGCGUGUUUCCUUCCUCCCCACGGUCCGCAAUGCAUGGUGCCCUGCUUGGCGGGAGUGUGACGUGAAGCAGUCGCCCGUGGUGGCUGGCGUAGACAUCACGGCUUGUUGGUAGCACACGCUAUACUGCUGUAUCUGUAGCAAUCAUCACAUCGCGGACCUAGCUACCAACAGAUCUUACAUGAAUGCAUGCCACGAUGAGGCCCAUGGGGUAUAAAGCGCCACCUACGCAGCUCUGGCUGUUGUCUGCCGAGCUUCUGUAUAAAGCAUCCUCGACGUUGAGCUCGUAUACAUAGGAGUUAAGAGACGAGAUAUUGAAUCCUUCCAGUCAUCAUGGCGCCAGAUAUUGAUCGGCUUUGGCUAUCUGAGUCUGGUGUGGACGUUAGUCCAGUGACUGAACGAAAGAGUCUCAUUCAAAAUGUCCUCAAUCGCAAAGUGCUGGUCCCUAAUAUCAUGUCUUUGAUGCCUGCGUGGACCAGUGAGGUCCAGCCGGAUAUGGAUGAAAUCAAUAAAGAGAUAGAUGAAUGGCUCUUGACAGUCAACAUUGCGGGGGAGAAGAAGGCGAAGCAUCGAGCUCGAGGGAACUAUACGCUUCUUGCAGCUGUAUACUAUCCACAUUGUACCAAGGAUAAGAUGCUGACGCUCUCAAAAUUUCUCUAUUGGAUUUUCUUUUGGGAUGAUGAGAUCGACGCAGGCGGGGAGCUCACAAAGGACAAAGAGGGUACACGCAUAUGCUGCGAGGAGACCAAUAAAUGCAUCGAUGAUUGCCUCGGACCAAAUCCCGAGUACACCCCGCCUCCAAAUACUCGAGGAACGAUAGAGAUGUUCUACCCCAUCCUCAGGGAUCUUCGAGCCGGCCUUGGCCCAGUCUCCACUGAGCGCCUGCGGGUCGAACUCCACGAUUAUGUGAAUGGUGUGGGGCGACAACAAGGAGUCCGUGAGGAAGACCGCCUUCCAGACCCUUGGUAUCACUUUCAGAUCCGCGCAGACGACGUCGGCGUCAUCCCUAGCAUCACGCAGAAUGAGUACGCGAUGGAGUUUGAGCUGCCUGAGUCCGUCCGCAGGCAUGAGGCUAUGGAAGCCAUUGUGCAGGAAUGCACCAAACUCACGAUUCUCUUAAACGACUUGCUUUCCUUGCAGAAGGAGUUUCGUGUGUCUCAGCUGGAGAACCUAGUUCUCCUAUUCAUGAACAAGUACCACAUCACCCUUGAAGCUGCCAUCGCCAAGAUCCUCGAUCUCAUCCGAGAACACUAUGCGCUCUGCGUGGCAGCCGGGGAGAGACUCCCGUGGAGCAAAGAUGACGAGAAACUGAACAAGGAUAUUAGAGAGUAUGUCGACGGUUGCCAUAGGCUGGCUACUGGCACCGCGUACUGGAGUUACUCCUGUGAGAGAUAUUUCAAGCAGACUCAGCUCAAUGAUAAGUGGGAGGUUCUUCUGGAUCUCUCGUACCAGUGAGAAUGUUAGGUUGAGGGAAUAUGACGAUAUUACGACAUUAUACUUAGGGGGCAAUAGGUUAGAUUGAAAUUCAGGGCGACCCCACUUCGAUUUAUAUAUAUACUAGAUACGGUCUUUGAAUCUACGCUGAAAUACAAGUUUCUUCUACG